AUGGCGUUCGCCGGGCUCUGCACGGGCGGCGGCGCCGGCGGCGCCGCGGGCGGCCACGAGGCGAAGGUGCUCGAGUCGCUCGAGAGCCUGCGCCAGGGCCAGGCGAGGCUGGAGGCGAGGCUGGAGGCGGUGCUCGACCAGGUCGCGGGCGCCCUCUCCGCAGGCGGCCGCGCCGUGCCUGCAUCCGUGCCCGCAGCCGGCGGCCCCAGCCGGUCGCGCAGCGCGCUUGGCCUCGAGGCCGCGGCGCCGGCCUCGGAGACGCUGGCGGGGGCCGCGGAGUCGGCGUCGUUGCCUUUCCCCGCGCGGUCCGAGGUCUCGGAGUUGGGCGUUCCCUUGCCGAGCGAGGGCGACAUAGGGCAUUUGCGCUCGCAGCUGCGGCUCGGCACCAACUCGGCGGCCGACACUCGGACGGGCAGCGCUCAGCGCGUGCACGAGUUCGAGGAGUCGACCAUCCUGAACCUCUGCCCCUACGGCGAGGUCUCGAACCUCGACAUGAUCCGCGCCCACUCCUCAUCGGUCCGGAAGAUGGUGAAGUCUGUUGGCUUCAGCGGUACCAAGCAGGACGCGGAAUGCUGCAUACUGCACCCGCACUCCAGGGGCCGGAUCGUGCUUGACGUCUUGGGCUUCGCGGCGCUCGUGUACGACGCGUGGUCCUUGCCGCGCCAGCUGGCCUGGAGUUUCGACCUGGAGGGGCCGGCCCUGGUGAUGAUGUGGAUAACGUUCCUUUUCUGGACGUUCGACACGAUCAUGGGCUUCUUCUCCGGGUACCUGGACAAGGGGCGGCCAGUCAUGCGGAGGACGUCGAUAGUGAAACACUACCUCCGCACGUCGUUUUUCCCAUACCUUGUGGCGCUGGUCACGGAUGCUGUUUCGCUGUGGCUCGCCAUGUCGUCAGGAGAAGGCAGCCAGGUGAGAAUGGUGAAGACCUUGCGGUUGCUGAGGUUGCCGCGCAUUUUGCGAGCCUUGACGGUGUCACGCAAAGCUGCGGAUUUGCUCGACACGUUCGUUCAAACACUUCGUUGUGGGGGUGAGGCGAAGGUAGCACUGACUUGCGCGAGACUCAUUUUUGUCACUAUUUGGGGGUGUCAUUUGACAGCUUGCAUAUUUCGAGGACUCGUGGGAACCUGCGCGAUAGAUGCAUAUUUCGGUGAAGGUGGAGCUGUAGCGAGCGACGAGGCACAAGAUCACUUCUCGUACAUGCAGUAUUUCUAUUGGGCCGUGAACGUGUUAAUCGCUGCGAAUUCGAUUAUCCUCCCAACGACAGUCGGCGAGAUGCUCAUCACCAUCAUCUGCAUGUUCAUAGGUCUCGUUUGGUCAAGCUUGGUGAUUGGUUUCAUUGGAGACACUCUUAUGCGCUUUCGCAUGGACAACCAGAUCCGGCACGACCAGGUUGCAGCGCUGCGCCAGUACAUGCACCAGGUGGAAGUGGAGCCCGCGACCCACGAGGCCCCGCCCGCGCUGCUGCCCAGCCUCCGCGGCCAGACCACCGAGGCAGUGGGCGCCCCGGCGGUCGUUGUCGACAGCUCCGCCCUCAGUGGCAUCGCAUGCACGCGCCUGUUCUGGGCCCGGGGCUUCGGCCUAGAGAGCGUAGUUUGUGCCGGGCCGCAGCUCGGUGGCUGGGGGGGCUUCCUCCGUUUGCCUGCAGCAGGCUGGAUUCUCGACGAGGUCCCCAGCGUGGGCGAUGCCAGCGCCAUGCCGGCCGGUGUCCAUGUCAAGAUGCCGCUCAAGAAGGAGGCGAGGCUGAGUGCGCCGCGUGCGCGACCCCAGGUGAUCGAGAAUUCUCAGGAGAGGGAGCUCACCGAAGAGGAACUUGAACGGCUCUUGGGGUACGUCAGCGGCCACGCCCGCGAAGCUCUCGGGAAAGGAAGCAAGAGCGCGUCCGGCGUUGCCCUCGGGCCCGCACGACGUGAAGUUCUGCGCGCGGCGACGUCGUCACUAACGGUUGCCGUGCCGCUGCAAGCUCUUGCGAUGAUGCGGACGACGAACGCGCCCGACACUGGGCGAGAUUGUUCAGCGCUGGCGAGACGCAGAGAAGCUUUCGAGGGACCUGGAGUCGAAGUUCGCGGUCCUCGCCAUGCCGCCCGACUGCUCGCCGUCUCCUUGCACAUUCGACGCUCUGCCGGCGGGUUGGUCAUCUGA